UGCUUCGGUUGAUCGAUUCAGACGAAAGCCCUAUUAAUGGCGGUUUAGGAGUUCGGACAAAAACUGAAAAUUAUUAUCGCCAAUGGCAGAAAACGAGGGAGUUUCAAGAGCAACUGCUCCUCGUCGUCCCACGAUUGCUCUCCCGCCACGUUCAUCAGUAGAGAAUCUCUUCAUCGGUGGAGCUGGGGCCAGCCCAGGUCCCUUGACGCUUGUCUCUAAUUUCUUCUCCGAUAAUGAUCCUGAGUCGGAUGUUCGGUCGUUUUCGCAGUUACUCGCUGGGGCCAUGGCUUCGCCGGCGACGGUUACAGGGUUGAGACCAAGUUAUACAACGGAGGUUUCUUCCAAGGAAAGAGAUUCGGGUGAUGGAGCUGAAAGAGAAUCACGACUCAAGCAGAGUCGUCCGUUAAGUUUGCUGAUUGCUCCGUCGCCCAUGUUUACAGUUCCACCUGGUUUAAGCCCUGCUACUUUGCUUGAUUCACCUGGUUAUUUCUCUCCUGGUCAGGGGGCCUUCGGAAUAUCCCACCAACUGGCCCUGGCGCAUGUCACUGCUCAGGCUGCUCAGUCCCAAGCUCAGAUGCACCGGCAAGUUGAAUAUCCAUCUUCUCUAUCAGCUCCUCCAGCUUCAUUAGCAUCACAGCAUCCAUCCUUUCCUUCCAAUGCAACUGCACAUGAGCAUGCAACGUUAUCAUCAGAUCCCAAAAGCGCUAUCAGGGAACCAUCAGAAAUGUCUCAUUCUGAUCAUAGAUCCCAACCUAUUACUGCUGAUAAACCUGCUGAUGAUGGCUACAAUUGGCGGAAAUAUGGGCAGAAGCAGGUGAAGGGCAGUGAAUAUCCUCGGAGCUACUAUAAAUGUACUCACCUCAAUUGUCCCGUCAAGAAAAAGGUUGAGCGUUCUCUUGAUGGCCAAGUCACUGAGAUUAUCUACAAAGGCCAGCACAACCAUCAACCACCUCAAUCGAACAAGCGUGGGAAAGAAAGUGGAAAUCCACAUGGAAACUCGCACUAUCAGGGGAAUCCUGAAGUUGGUUCUCAGUUUCACUUCGGAGACUUAAGCAGAUCAAGUGACACUUUACCUGCUUCUUCACUGUCUAGGAGAGAUCAGGAAUCAAGCCAAGCUACACAUGAACACUUAUCUGGAUCAAGUGAUGGUGAAGAAAUGGGUGAUUCUGAAACAAGAGCAGAUGAAGGGGAUGACGAUGAACCUGAUCCUAAGAGACGGCACACAGAGGUGCGGGUUUCAGAGCUGCCUUCUUCACACAAGACAGUGACGGAACCCAGGAUUAUUGUGCAGACAACCAGUGAAGUAGAUCUUUUGGAUGAUGGCUAUCGGUGGCGGAAGUAUGGCCAGAAAGUGGUCAAAGGGAAUCCUCACCCAAGGAGUUAUUAUAAAUGUACAAAUGCUGGAUGUAAUGUCCGCAAGCAUGUUGAGAGGGCUUCUGGUGACCCUAAAGCUGUCAUAACGAUGUAUGAAGGGAAACAUAAUCAUGAUGUGCCGGCAGCUAAAAACAGCAGUCAUAAUACAGCCAACAGUAACAUGCCACAGUUCAGACCACAAGCUGUCAUGGCUGAGAAGCAUCCAUUGUUUAGAACAGAUCUUGGCAACAAUGUUCAACAGCCUAUAGCACUUCUACGGUUUAAAGAAGAACAAAUUACUUAGUUUUGUGGGUCCUGAUGAUGAGAACAAAUGUUAGAGAUCACAUCUUGGCAACAAUGUUCAACAGCC